CUUGUGUCCGGCGUCAGCUUUGCGGCCGGCAUCUUCCAGAAGAUCGCGUGCGCAGUCACCUUCGCGGGGACGGUCCGCAUCAACAUCUACAUCUUCACGGGGGACGAGGAGAGCUGCUUCGACUUUUACUACCUCCAAGACCUUCCGUGCUGAC